CCCCACACACCCACUUCUUCUUCUCCGCCAUGGAAUUCCUCCUUUCCUCCUGGCAUUCGCGAUCGCUUCUUGCCUGGUCCACCGCGGCCGAUAAAGAGCUCUCUCUCCUCUCCCUUUCUCUUCUUCUUUUCUUCUCAAGUAACUUCUCUCUCUUAUCAAGUCCUACAACUAAUAUUAUUAAUCUUAAUUCUCCACUCCCCAACCAGACCUUCUCUGUCCAUCCCCACGCACGAUCAUCCGUACGUCAUUAUCCACACCCGCCGCCCAUCGCUGCGAUUUUGGUCCGCCACUGCCAGUUCCAGUCAAUUUCUCACUCGUCAUUCCGAGAGGAACCUGCUAUCUCCUCUCCGCUCCUCCCCUCCUCUCCUCCAUCCAUUCCUCUAUCGAUUCUAUCGAUUCACCAUGCGUCUCCCUUUCCCUUCCCCGAAACUCACCAAGAAUCGUUUCAUCUUUCCGGAUAUGGCCGAAUCAAACGAUGAUGAUCUACAACCAUCGUCCACACACGAGAUCACCGCAACGCAGACCCAUGACGGUGACCGUUCCAUCUUGCAGGACGAAGACCAUCGCAAUGAUAACCUCAAGGAUCGCUACAUCGGUGCCAUUGACCAGGGAACUACCAGCUCACGCUUCAUCAUCUUCGACUGUACAGGUGUCCCGGUCGCCUCGUACCAGACGGAAUUCCGUCAGAUCCAUGAGCACUCGGGAUGGCACGAACACGAUCCCCUCGAAUUGGUCGACUCCGUAUAUACAUGUAUAGAAGAGGCGAUGAAGACCUUCCUUGCCCUGGGUCAUUCGAAAUGCGAAAUCGAAGCCAUCGGUAUCACCAGCCAGCGAGAAACCACCUUGGUCUGGGAUUGGCAGACGGGGGAGCCGCUUCACAACGCCAUUGCCUGGCCCGACACCCGCACAAAACAGCUGGUCCGCGAGCUCAAGGAACAACCGGGCGCCGAGGAGCUGCUGAACAUCUGCGGCAUCCCCCUCUCCACCUAUCCCUCCUCCGUCACCUUGGUCUGGAUGCUCCGCAAUUGCCCAGAGGUCCAGCGCGCCUACGAAGAGGGCCGCCUGGCCUUCGGCACCGUGGAUUCCUGGCUGCUCUGGAACCUCAACGGCGGGCCCGACGGCAACCGCCUGGUCACCGAUGUCACCAACGCCUCGCGCACCAUGUUCAUGAAUCUACACACUCUCCAGUAUGAUGAUCGCCUGCUCGACUUCUUCCAGAUCGACAGGUCCAAAAUCCGUCUCCCCAAGAUCGUCCCUUCCUCCGACCCGGACGAGUUUGGCCGCGUCAGCAAUGGGCCCCUCGAGGGUGUCCGCAUCACCAGCUGUCUGGGCGAUCAGUCCGCCGCCUUGGUGGGCCACUGCGCCUUCACCCCGGGCUCCGCCAAAAACACCUACGGCACCGGCUGUUUCCUCCUGUACAACGUCGGCGAGACCCCCGUCAUCUCCAAGCACGGCCUUCUCGCCACCGUCGGCUUCCAGCUCGGCCGCAAGAGGAAACCUGUCUAUGCUCUCGAGGGCAGUGUCGCCGUCGCCGGUAGCGGCGUCUCCUUCCUCAUGAACAAUAUGGGUUUCUUCCGUGACUCCCGCAAGGUCUCAGAGGUCGCCGCAACAGUCCCCGACAACGGCGGCUGUGUCUUUGUCACCGCGUUCAGCGGUCUCUUUGCACCUUAUUGGAUCGAUGAUGCCAAAGGGACAAUCUUUGGCAUCACGCAACACACUCAGCGCGGACACAUCGCCCGAGCGACUAUGGAAGCAGCCUGCUUCCAAACCAAGGCCAUUCUUGACGCCAUGGAGAUGGACAGCGGACACAAACUGACGGAGUUGGCCGUGGAUGGCGGCAUGAGCAACUCCGACAUUUGCAUGCAGUCCCAAUCGGAUAUCAUUCAAAUCCCCGUCGAGCGACCCGCCAUGCACGAAACCACUGCCCUGGGUGCGGCCAUCGCAGCCGGCUUCGCCAUCGACGUCUGGAAGGAGUUUGAUGAGCUCAAACACAUGAACCGCGCUAACCGGACAACUUUCACUCCAAAGAUCUCCAAGCCGCAGAGUGCCAAAAUGUAUAAAAAAUGGUCCAAGGCCGUGGAAAUGUCUCGCGGCUGGCUAGAUGUCGACGAAAUGGAUUCCGAGUCCGCAUAAAUAUAAGGAUAUUUGGUUUGGUCCCUGUUUGGCGUUUUCUUUUUAGCGUUGUUUUUUGCGUUUUCAUCUGAUUUCACCUGGUUUCAUAAAUAUAUAUAUUGGUCAUUUCGUUGGCGGUAGAGACCUGUUUUUUCGGAGAUACCCUCCCAGCCAACCACAACAGUAUAUAGAUAGAUGUCUAAUGUUUACCUUGAUGAUUGAGACAUGCCUUUUCCCUUGCUUCCUCUUUUCGUUUCUUUUCUCCUUUCUGGGAGGGGAAGGGGUCGAAGUUGAAGGAUGAUCCUUUGCCUGGUGGGUCUCUCUCUCUCUCUCUCUCUCUCUCUUUCCGACCAAAUCUUUUGCUGAUGGCCGCUUCACAGUUCAACCUUCACACUCAACCUUUGCGUCGGUCUGACCACACCACACCGACAUGGUGAAAAG